ACAGUCACAGUGCUCCAGCAACUGGUGUCUCCAGCACCAGGUCUUCCUCCCCAGACCAGACACCUGAGACCAAAUGAAGAACACCCUGUGUGUUGUCAUCUUGGUGCUUGCCGCCUUCACUUCCGCGGAGGAUAUUAAGAAAGAUGACAAGAAGCAGGAGAAGCGAGGGCUGCUCGGCCUGGGCUACGGUGGUGGAUAUGGCGGUGGAUAUGGCGGUGGAUACGGUGGUGGAUUCGGCGGACACGAGCUAUCCGGAUACGGCAGCAGCGGUCAUGGCUACGGUGGCCUGAGCGGAGGCUACGGAUUGGGCGGAGCCAGCAGUGGAGGAUACGGAUUAGGCGGAGCCAGCGGCGUAGGAUACGGAUUGGGCGGAGCCAGCAGUGGAGGAUACGGAUUGGGCGGAGCCAGCGGCGGCUAUGCUCUGGGGUCCGGCCACGUCAAGUCCGUCACGAUCCACCAAGAGGUUCCCAUCGCCGUGCCACACCCGGUACCCUAUCCAGUGGAGAAGGCCGUGCCCUAUCCUGUCAAAGUGCCCGUUCACGUGCCCGUGGACAGGCCCUACCCCGUCCACGUGCCCAAGCCGUACCCCGUGCCUGUGGAUAAGCCAGUCCCCUACCCGGUGGAUAAACCAGUCCCUUACCCCGUGAAGGUGCCCGUGAAGGUUCCUGUGCCCCACCCGUACCCUGUGCACAUCCCUAAGCCAGUCGCCGUGCCCGUGGCCAAGCCUGUCGCAGUUCCUGUUCCUCAGCCCUACUUGGUGGAGAAGACCGUCCCGGUGGUUCUGGAGGGCCACUCGGAGGGAGGACUGGGAGGUUACAGCGGCCUGGGAGGGGGAUACGGCAGCCUGGGAGCUGGGUUCGCCAGCCUGGGAGGUGGACACGGUGGAUUCAGCUCUUCGUCUUACGGUCUGGGUGGCCAUGGAGGUCUGAGCAGCAGCUACAGCAGUGUUGUAGUCUCCCAUGGAGGACACAGCAGUCACAGCGGAUACGGAAGUGGGGGCAGCAUUGGUCUGGGAGGAGGAUUUGGUGGACAUCACCAUGGUUGAUUUUUUUUAUUGUAAACUCACUGAUAAGUAAUCAAAUAUCUGAUGAAAAAUUGUAAUUUAAAUAAAAAUUUUGCAUCUCUGA